AUGGAUGAGCUCGAUUUACUGUUGGAGGAGCUGGCUUUGAACCCAUCAGGUUCUAACAAUCUCCAAGAACACCAUGGAAGCAUUGCAGCUGGUGGACAGGCGCCAGGUGCCAUCCUUUGUGGACUCAAUAAAAAAGAGUCAAGCUCAGUUGGUUCUAAUGUCUACAGUGAUCUCCCUACUCCUGUUGCAGUUGCACUGCCCCCUGACUCUCCCACUCAAGAGUUGGACUCCAUCUUAGAAGAUCUGAUGGGUUUAGCAGAAGGGAACCACUCACCGCCACCAAUCCCACCACCUCUGGCACAGAAACAAUCUGCAAAGAUGAAAAAAGAGGGUGGGAGACUGGAUCAUAAGGAAGACAGCGGCCUUGCAGGUUCAGAUUCAAAACCCUGCACUCAGAAACAACAGAACAGCAAAACAGAUUCCAUAGAUGACCUGCUCGGAGGUCUGAGUUCUGACCUGGAGAAGAUCGGUGUACGCACCACUGCCAAAGGCCACUGUGCUGCAUGCAACAAAGGGAUUGUGGGAAAGAUGAUCACAGCGCUGGGUGAAGUGUGGCACCCUGAGCAUUUUGUAUGUGUGGCAUGUAAGAUGGAGUUAAGCACAACAGGCUUCUUUGAAAGAGAGGGACGACCUUACUGUGACAAAGACUAUCAUCAGCUCUUUUCUCCACGCUGUGCCUAUUGCAAAGGGCCAAUAAUACAGAACAUCCUGACAGCUCUGGACCAGACUUGGCAUCCGGAGCAUUUCUUCUGCACACACUGUGGAGAUCUGUUUGGGCCAGAGGGUUUCCUUGAAAAGGAUGGCAAACCGUACUGCUGCAAGGACUUUUAUCACCUCUUUGCUCCCAAGUGCUCAGGCUGCGGGGAGCCCGUGAGAGAAAACUACCUGACUGCAGCCAAUGGCACCUGGCAUCCAGAGUGCUUCGUCUGCGCAGACUGUCUGAAGCCGUUUACCGAUGGUUGUUUCAUGGAACUGGAUGGUCGACCUCUCUGUUCCCUGCACUUUCACUCCCGGCAGGGGACCCUUUGUGGGGGCUGUGGGGAGCCCAUUACUGGCCGCUGCGUCUCGGCUCUCGAUCGAAGAUUUCAUCCUGAGCACUUUGUUUGUGCCUUUUGUCUGCGGCAGCUCAACCAAGGCAUCUUCAAGGAGCAGAAAGGAAAGCCCUACUGUACAGCUUGCUUCAACAAGCUCUUUCUAUAAGACAUUUACAGCAAGUCACUUAAAGAUAAAGCAACAGGCCUAAGGGAAAAGUCCAGUCAGCAAAAAAA